UGUGUGUGUGUGUGUGUGUGUGUGUGUGUGUGUGUGUGUGUGUGUGUGUGUGUGUGUGUGUGUGUGUGUGUGUGUGUGUGCCUGCUCUGUCUUCCCGAUCCCCAGUGAGUCGUGGAGGAUGGCUGCUUAUACUGAGCCAGGAUUCUCUGGAAGUUUCUUCCUGUUAAAAGGGAGUUUUCCUCUCCACUGUCGCUGCAUGCUUGCUUAGUAUGAGGAUUGCUGUAUAGUCACUGACACUAGUCAGUGACUUGAUCCAAUUUGCUGGGUUCCUUAUAUAGGAAACAUUAUUUCUGAUUGGCUUAAUGAACUGUGAAUUGGAAUGUUUAUUAUGUGAAGUGCCUUGAGACGACUCUUGUCGUGAUUUGGCGCCAUAUAAAUAAACUUGAAUUGAAUUGAAUUGAAUUAAAAGAGCUACGAAGCACCAGAGUCAUGCUAAAACUCUUAGCUACAAAUCUUCUGAUUGUCUUCAACAAGAGAGUGACUCUAAUGCACAGUCCUUUUCAUACAUAAACAUGUGGAAAUAUGUAGAGUUUAGGGUCCAGACGUUGACUCUUACACUUCAGGAUGUGAUGUUUUGUAGGGCGGAGGAUGAAGCUCUUACCUAACAUGUAUGUGAUGACACAUUUGUGUUGGUUGGUACCAUGUGUGUUUGUUAAAGGGAUACUAAGCAGUUUUCCUUGCUUUUAGCACCCCCUAGUGUGAUGUUAUGAGAUAGUUCAGGAAAAACUCAAUUACCCAGAAGGCUGGAGAGGAGAUUAUUGGAGGGAAGGGAAACUGCAUGGAUGAUACAGUAGUGGUGGCUAGUGCUAAAUAAAGAUCUGGAAAAGGAGUUUUCACACCUCGUUUGCUUAUUAUAAGAUUAAGCAAGACAACACAUGGUGUCAGAAGUGGCCGUGAGCAAGACGAAGGACAGAUUUGCCACGGGGGAGCCGCGAAAGACGGAUGUAGAGGGAGAGUCUAUGGAAAGCGUGAGUAAUGGCGUGCUACAGAGCUACAUGCUAAAGACCUGUGCUGUAUUGUGUGACGCCCGUGAGCGACGGUAAAAGUGAAGCAGAUCGCGUGUGGUCACUUAGAGCAAACAGAAGAGGAAUCGGUGCCUGUGAGAGCAGAUAGACACCAGUAAAGAGCUGCAGUGAUUGAGAUACCCCGACGUGCUGCCAUGGAUAAGCUAAGCCUGCCCUCAUCCAUGCAAGUGACUGGUAACCUUGCUGAAAACUGGAAGCGCUUUAAGCAAAGGUUUAAUAUAUAUUUGACUGCAAGCGGAGCAGGUGGAGAUGAUGAAAAACUGAAAGCUCACAUCCUUUUGCAUGUUAUAGGGGAAGAUGCAUUGGAUAUAUAUAAUAGCUUUCAGCUGGAUGAGGCUGAUUUGACUUUGGCUGACGUGAUGAAUACAUUUGAAGAGUACUUCGUACCUAAACAGGAUGUGACCUAUGAGAGGUACAAAUUUUUUUUACCCAUGAUCAGAAGCAGGGGAUACCUUUUGAUCAAUAUUUAGCAGAGCUUCACACAUUAAGCAAAUCGUGUGAAUUUGGGACUUUGAGAGACUCGCUAGUAAGAGACAGGAUUGUCUGUGGAACUGUGGAUAAUGCACUGAGAGAGAGGCUGCUGAGAGAGACUGGACUUACACUGGAUAAGUGUGUCAGCAUGUGCAGAGCAGCGGAAACCACACGAGCACAAGCAAAGGAGCUCCGGAGAGGUGAGACGUCAGUGCAUGCUCUAACUAAAGAUGGAGUAAUAAAGAAAACAUUUACCAAACAAAAGUACCAAAAAGGGAAAGCUACAGAGUUCAGAUGUGGUAAAUGCAGAAGCAGUCACAGACCAAAAUCGUGCCCAGCAAUUGGGAAAUCCUGUAACAAUUGUGGGAAAAUGAAUCACUAUGCCAAAUGUUGUAAAGCAGCUCCAAAACAGAAAGUUCACACAGUCGAUGAAGAAGCAGAGGAUGAGGAGGAGUUCAUUGUAGAUGAAGUACACACCUCUACAUCAGAGAAAGAGGAAUGGGUGGUGCCAGUUGAGGUCAAUGAGGCAAUAAUUCCAUUCAAGUUGGACACAGGGGCCCAGGUUAACUUGGUAUCAUGGGAACGUUACAAAGCUAUGACAAAAAAGAGCAAAAUGCAUCCUGUGAAAAUAAAAGUCACUGGAUACACAGGAGAGAGAGUUUCUGUUAAAGGUGGAUGUGUUGCGACAUUCAGAUACAAAAAACACCAGAUAAGAGCACAGCUGCUGAUCGUGGAUAAGAGUGUACAACCAGUCCUAGGACUCAGUGCAUGCGUAAAGCUCAACCUGGUUAAAAGGGUGUACAUAGUCUCCACACCAGAAGCCCCGAAUGAUCAGGAUUCCCUCAUGGAACAAUAUAAAGACUGUUUCGAAGGACUUGGAUGUCUCCCAGGACAACAUAAAAUAUGUGUGGAUAAAAACGUGCCACCUGUUGUGCAUCCCGGUAGGAAAAUCCCAUUUGCACUGCGGGAAAAACUAAAAGACGAACUGGCACGCAUGGAAAAACUAGAGGUCAUCAAGAAAAUAGAUGAGCCAACUGAAUGGGUCAGCUCACCGGUGGUUCUACAAAAGAAAACAGGUGCUCUCAGAACAUGUUUGGAUCCAGGGGAUUUAAAUAAAGCUAUUAAAAGAGAACAUUUCAAGCUGCCAACCAGAGAAGAAAUCAUGGCACAGUUUGCCGGAGCUAAAUGGUUCAGUAAACUAGAUGCCUCAUCAGGUUUCUGGCAGCUGAGGCUGGACGAGGAGAGCUCUAGACUUUGUACGUUCAACACACCUGAGGGCAGAUACAGGUUUCUUCGUCUGCCAGACGGCAUCCUGUCAGCUCCUGAAGUCCACCACAAGACCAUUCAUAUGAUUUUUGAGCACAUUCCAGGAGUGGAGACCAUGAUGGAUGACAUCAUAGUUUGGGGAACCACUAGAGAAGAACAUGACCAAAGACUGAGACAAGUACUAGACAAGACAAGAGAAGUCAAUCUGAAACUAAACAAAGAUAAAUGUGAGUUUGGAGUGAAAAAACGUACAUUUGUGGGAGAUGUUGUCGGUGAGAACGGGGUGAAGCCAGACCCAAAGAAAACGUCAGCAAUUUGUAACAUGGAAAGACCAAACAACAAAGACGACGUCAGAAGGUUUCUAGGAAUGGUCACCUAUCUGGCAAAGUUUGUCCCACAACUGUCAACAUUGUCAGCCCCUCUCAGAAGUUUGCUUGAACAAAAGAAUGAAUGGAUCUGGUCCCAUGAGCAAGAACAAUGUUUUCUAAAGUUAAAAGAGAUUCUCACACAAGAGCCAGUGCUGAAGUUUUAUGACCCAGAGAGAAGCACCAGGAUCUCAGCAGAUGCAUCACAACACGGACUGGGUGCAGUGCUGUUGCAGCAACAUGAGGAACAGUGGUUGCCGGUAGCCUACGCAUCCAGAGCUUUGACGAGUGCAGAGACACGAUACGCUCAAAUCGAAAAGGAGCUGUUAGCGAGCAUGUAUGCAUGUGUAUGUUUCCAUCAGUAUGUAUAUGGCCAAACUUCUGAAGUGGAAACUGACCACAAACCACUGGUGUCCAUCAUGUCCAAACCACUGAAUGACUGCCCAGUACGGAUACAGCGCAUGCUAAUCAGGCUACAGAAAUACGACGUGCACAUGAUCUACACCAAAGGAAAGUAUAUGUACACAGCUGAUACAUCAUCAAGAGCAGUGGAUAAGGAAGAGCAUGAAGACCUUGAGAAAAGUCUGGACAUACAAGCAUAUGUUGACAUGGUGAUGACAUCUCUGCCAGUAUCUGCUGACAGAUCAGAACAGAUAAAAAUAGAGACAAAUACAGACGAAGUCAUGAAUGAACUUAAGAGCACACAAAUCCAGGAUUACUGGAACUGCAGAGGAGAACUAACAGUGGUGGAUGACAUAGUGAUGAAAGGGAGCAAAUAUGUCAUACCAUCCUCAGUACGCAAACAGAUGCUCCAAAAGAUCCACGAAGGUCACCUCGGAGAGGUCAAGUGUAAACGCAGGGCAAGAGAAGUAAUGUACUGGCCAAGAAUCAACCAAGACAUCAGCCAGACCACAGCUUCAUGUGAACAGUGCCGCAUCUACAGGCCCAAACAGCCGGCGGAGCCACUGCUGGCUCACCCAGCACCACACAGACCUUACUAUAAGGUAGGAACAGACCUGUUUGAUUUUGAUGGGAAAAGUUACAUAGUGGUGACAGAUUACUUUUCAAACUAUCCAGAAGUUGGGCUACUGCAGACAACUUCAAGUAAAGCAGCGAUCGCUUAUCUCAAGACUGUCUUUGCCAGGCAUGGUGUCCCAUGUGAACUUUUCUCCGAUAAUGGGCCCCAGUUUUCCAGCUGUGAGUUUGCCACCUUUGCUAAGGAAUGGGGGUUUCAACACUCAACAUCAAGCCCCAUAUAUCCAAAGUCCAACGGCUUAGCAGAAAGCUCCGUCAAGAUAAUAAAAACAUUAAUGAAAAAAGCUCAGGACAGAGAGGAUUUUCAGAAGAGCCUACUGAUCUAUAGAAGCACACCGUUGCAGAAUGGAAUGUCACCAGCUCAGAUGCUGAUGGGGAGACGUAUUCGAUCCAACCUACCAGUUAAUGAGGACCUGCUGACGCCAAAAGCUGCACAUAAAGUUAAGGAAGCAAAGGAUGGACAAAAGGUGAAACAAAAACAGCUGCAUGAUCGCAAGGUGAGACACCCGCCUUCCCUGAAGCCAGGAGACAAGGUGCGUCUCAGAGACAUUACUACAGGGACCUGGAGACAUCAAGGUCAGGUGAAGGAGGAGGUGGCACCACGUUCAUACAGGAUCCAGAUGGAGGGUGGAGUGUCCCUGAGGAGAAAUCGAGUAGACCUUCAGCUACAUCCAGAAGGAAAAGACACAGAACCUCAGGAGACAGUGCAGCAGGACAUGGAGAAAUCUACAGAGUCAGCAAACAGAGGGUCAGAAGACGCUAGACGUGGCCCGUCACAGGAUUCCGCGUCACCUGCUGCUGAGAGACUUUUGAAAACUAUGACAUCACCACUGUUGCAAGAGCAUCUGGCUGCAGACAUCAGCUGGCGUCUUUGCCGUGACAGGAAAUGA